UAAGUGGGAAGCGGUCGGUGAGCUUAUAGAGCGAGAGGGGGAGAGAGAGAUGGUGACUGCUGGGUUCAGCACGCUGGAUAGCGCUCGAGGAAUUUGGAAAGUACGGCGGCGGCGGCGCGCGGACGCACGAGGAUCUAAGUGAAACGAGUGCGUGGAGCCGCCGGAGAGAUGAGCGACCAUGGUGGAUUUGAAGUUCUCGUUUGCAACAACAGGCGCAGGUAACGUGCGAGUGGACUUUCUGGAGUGAGACAUGGACUUUGCUGAAAUCAUUUUCGCUUUGUUCAUCGUCGUGGUCGCGAUCGUCUCGCUGUUGUCCAACUUGUUGGUGCUGCUAUGUUUCGUCCACAGCACCGAGAUACGCCGACAGGUGCCCGGUGUUUUCACCAUGAACUUGUCUUUCUGCAACAUACUCAUCACUGUUUUGAACAUGCCGGCCACUCUGGUGGGGAUUAUCAGAAAGCAGCAGCCCUUUGGAGAUUGCGUUUGCCACACGGUGAGCUUUCUGGAGACUUUUCUCACCGCAAACACCAUGCUGAGCAUGGCGGCUCUCAGCAUAGAUCGGUGGAUAGCGGUCGUCUUCCCGCUCAGUUACUCCACCAAAAUGCGCUACAAGGACGCACUGAUCAUGGUGUGCUACUCCUGGCUGCACUCCUUUACCUUCUCCCUGACGGCGCUGCUCUUCUCCUGGGUCGACUACAGCGACGUUUACGCGUCCUGCACCUUGCAGCCGAGCGAGGAAGGCAGCGACAGGAUUAAGUUUACAAUCUUCACUAUCGUUUUCCACGCCACCAGUUUCAUUCUGUCCCUGCUCAUCUUGUGUUUCACCUAUUUGAAGGUGUUGAAGGUCGCUAGGUUUCACUGCAAGAGGAUUGACAUUAUCACCAUGCAGACUCUGUUCCUGCUAGUCGAUAUUCACCCAAGCGUGAAACAAAGAUGCUUAGCAGAGCAAAAGAGGAGAAAGCAGAGAGCCACGAAGAAGAUCAGCAUCUUCAUCGGCUCAUUUAUCAUCUGCUUUGCUCCUUAUGUAAUCACAAGGUUGGCUGAGCUUCUCCCGUUCGUGGACGUCAACCGCCACUGGGGAAUCAUCAGUAAGUGCCUGACAUAUAGCAAGGCUGCGUCUGACCCAUUUGCCUACUCUCUCCUACGUCAGCAGUACAAGAAAGUCCUGGUCACCGUCGUCAACAGGCUACUCCGACGUGACCUGUACCCUUCGUCUGGCCAUAACAGCUCUUUAGACACAGAGAACGACUACUGUCUCCAGAGGAUCAGUUAAUGGCAAAUGCAGGACGUGACAUAUGCACACGCUACAGUGCAGGCCAAAAAUAAAGGUUGCCUCUUGCAGAAAAAAAAGGUGGGUGGAGAGAAAAAAAGAACAGGAGAGAGAAAGAGAGGACAGGUUAUUGUUAGAAAGAGAAAAGAGAGUCGAAAGAUGGGACAAGGAAGUGGGUGGAAGGUGAAGAAGAGAGCAAAAAAAAAAAAACCAUAAGGAAGACGGUGGGCGGACAGGAAUGAAAAGGUGGCGAUGUGGGGGAGGAUGAAUGGGCAAAAAGAUAAAGAAGAGAUGGGUAAGACGACAGAUAGGGUGGAGACGUUGGGGAGUGACGGCAAACAAGGGAUCUGUGAUUCAUCAGGAACAGCAUUCCCCAGAAACCACACAGCCAGUCUAUUUCACUGAAUAAGUCAUUGGCUCAUCUAAAGCUGAGGGGACGCACAGCUGGAGAUGAGGUCCCUUCUUCACUCUGAGCGACAUGUAAAAGGUGGCCUUCCUCUACUCCAACAACUUUAGAAUCAUUUCAAACCUGUUCUUGCCCCACUUAACAUCGCACACACGGAGGCUGGUGGUCGAUAAGCAGCCGAGCGACGACGGGCAAAGAGGGAAAGACUUUUGUUGCUCCUGCUUCUGUAUAAUGUCCUGUCAGUGAAUGGAUGCAGACCUAAAUGUGGAGGCUCAGCUGCUGCACAUUAUUGCCAUGUUCUGUAUUGACUGUGUUAGACUACUUUGCAGUGUCAUGUCAGUCACUUAAUAUUGAUGCACUUUGUCUAAUUCUCUCAGAGAUGCUAUACCUAAAGGAGCCAAAGGCAUUUGACAUUUACACCCUAAUCUUAAAGGAUGAGUCUGGUGAGAGGCUUUAUUCUUUGUUACUGUCACCAAAAUCAAUUAGUUGGUCGGUUUCUCAGUAUUUUCCAACUUCCCAAGCAUCCCUGUUCUUUGAAUUUCUCAAGUAUAGACAACAAUUAAUGUGCAUGUUUAGACUAUUUCCAUUAAUACACAGGUCAGUCUUUAAAAGCUUUAUUUAUUUAUUUUUUAAAAAUUGAAAGUUAUAUUUUGUAUACAUCACACGUACAAUGAAAUAUGCCAAGGCUUUGUUUGUUUUAGUUUUUCUAAAUUUCUCAUGAGCUAUGUUUUAUAGCUCAUGAAAAUCACACAUCCAGUACAACAUUCACUAACGUCAAUCAUAGAAUUAUUUAUGAAGGAGAGAUGCCCGACUUUUUAAAAGUAUGCAGAGGUGAUCUGUGGCUCUGCUGAGGUUGUUAUUGAAGCGGGGCAGGUGCAGGAAAAAGAAAUCAGGAUCUCCGUAAGGCUCGCCAGCAGAUGAAAGCUUGAUGUGCUCUGAAACCUCCUGGUAGAUGCUCCUUUUACUUUGGACUUCAUAAAACACAGUGGACCAACCGUUAAUAACAGCAACCCAGUUCAUCAAUGACUGCAGAAGCUUCACACUGGACUUUAAACACUCCGCUCCACUCUCCUCCAGGCACUAGGACUGAGACUUUCAAAUAACAUAUAAAAUUUUGGGACAUUUCUUUCCCAGGUAAGAUACUUCUGACAUCUCUGGUUCAGAAGUGGCUUGAUAUUAGGAAUCAAAGUGGUAAAUGCUAAUGGACUGGUUCUUGUACAGCACUAUUCUACUCGACUUGAACACUCAAAGCUCUCUGAUCUAACAUGCCUAAUUCAACCAUUCACACCCAUUCAUACAAGCGCUUUUUUUCCACACCUAAGUGCUUUCUGUGUAACAUUCACAUACAUUCACACUCUGAUGGAUACAUUGGAGAGCAACUUGGGGUUCAGUAUUUUGCCCAAGGAUACUUGCACACUUGCACACAGACCAGAGCAGCCAAGGAUCAAAUCACUAACCUUCUGGCCACGACCAGCUGACAUUUGCACGCAGUGGCCCUUGAUGCCAAGUUACCAGCCUCAGUCCACUUCUUGUGAAGCUCUUGAAUUCUUGAAUCGACUUUUUGGCAGUCCUCUAAAGGCUACAAUUAUUCCUGUUGCUCAUGCACUUAUCCUACCACACGUUUCCCUUCAAGUCAACUGUCCAUUAAUAUGCUUCAAUUCAGCUCUCAGUGAAAACAGCCAGUCUUUUCAGUUGAGACUGUCGGUGGUUCACUCUGUUUGUGGAGGGUGUUGGUGACAUCUGGACAGUCGUCAAGUCAGCAGUCUUCCUGUUGAUCGUGGUUACGAGGCCUUAAAUAGACUCAGAGAAAUACAGUAUUUAUGACGUGUGAAUAGUAAUUUACUCAAACUGAGAAUGAAAUCAUAAGAUAACGAGAUACCGGAUUUCUGAUUUUCAUGACCUAUCAUCAAAGUUACAGAAAAAAACUUGUCAGACAUAUUUCACAUUGCAUGCAAUGAAUACAAUGAAUGCAAUGAAUAUUUCAAAUAAAUUGAAAAUAAAUGAACCUUUUCACAAUAUUGCAGCUGUCAGGACACACUUGUAGACGGCAGAAAGAAGAUAAAAAACUACUUGACCACAAAACAUCCAUCACUGAAUACUUGGCUUUCUUGGUUUUCCCAAAUAUUAUGUUAGUGUGCAUUUGAGUCAUUAUCUAAUUAAAUAAGCACCAGUCUGCAGGUUGAAUAAAGCUAGGUUGUGUGGGCAUAUCACCAGUCCAUAAUUUUGGAAUGCCAUUUUAGCUUGGAGAGUUAAUAAGAGGAGGGAGAACACUUUUUUAUUUUAUUUUCAUUUUGUAUAUUUGUUGACAGUAAGAAAAAAUAUGGCAAAUUACCAGAUUUAUACUUUUAAGUUAGAGUUUUUAACUGAAUGUACCUGAUCACCCACUUUUAACUGAAACGCGUUUGUAUAAUUGUGUUCUGUUUUGCCAGCUGACUGGAGAAGUCGUUUCUAUGGAUAUUUACAUAAUGAUAUUACAUAUUUUGCACUGUACAGGAACAACUUUUUGUCUAGAUAAAUGGGGAGCAACGUGAUGUAGCAUAGGAGUGUUUUCAAAGUGCUUUAAAACACACUGCUCUGUGUUUGUGCCAGAUUUAAAUAUGUGAUUUUUUUUCCAGCUGUUCCACACAAGAACCAGAAUAGCUGCUUCAUUAUAAUAACAGUUAUUAUUAUUACUAAAAUAAAAAUCUGGUUAUUUGGAUGUAUUUUACUCACAUGUAUUUUUUCCUCCUGUGAGCCACUUGCUGUUCUUUGGCAGUGU